AUGUCGGACGGAGUCCUAGACCUGAGCGUGUCCUCCUAUGGCGUGGCGGCCAAACGCACCCUCCAGCCCUUCGAGCACUUCAGCAGUGACUCGGGACGUGCGUCCUCAGACAGUACGUCAUCCGAGACCCACGAGGACGUCAAGCCCCGCAUCAGGGCGUCACCACUCACUAUGGCCGCGCCAUCGCCGGUGAACCCCCCGUACGACACGUCGAGCUACGCCACCGGACCUGUGGCAUUCCCUACCUCACAUUUACGAGAUCUACCCCACAUGGCGCACAUGCUACGUCCUGCGUCUUCUUCAGCCAGCCCGCCCCACCCGGCUAAUCCAGUUACCAUGGCGGCCAUGUCUAGCUUAAACUCUAACCCAAACUCCCCAAAUCAAGCAACCUCUCUCAUGAGCGAUGAUCCUAGUAAACAAACACUCACAGACAGAACCGCGGACUCCCGUCUAGCAGCGAUGAGACAAUUCAAAAUGUUCCCAAUGGACCCCUUCAACAUGUACAACAACCCCUUAAUGUCGACCCCCGCCGGGACUCUAUCCCCGACCCCUGCGGCUCUCCAAUCCCUCUACGACACCGUCUCCCCCUCAGGAUUCCCCAACUACCCCCUCACGCCCUUGACCUCUCACCUUCUACAACGGAAACGACGCAACGACAACCGCGACAACCCCGGCUCAUCCAGCACAACCCCCUCCAAACCCCCCAGCACCGCGAUGGCUGACGGGAACGGAAGUUCGGGGGUCAGCACGUCCAGUCCUCAAUCUCCCAGAGACGAAGAUUCCAAUGGUAGCGACGGCGAGAAGAGGAAAAAAUCCGGAUCCUCUAUAGAUGUAAAGAAAGACGAGGCGUAUUGGGACAGAAGGAGAAAAAAUAACGAGGCGGCGAAGAGGUCUAGAGACGCCAGACGACAGAAGGAGGAGGAGAUUGCCAUGAGGGCGGCGUUUCUGGAACAGGAAAACCUGAAACUACGAGCCCAAGUCGCCAUAUUAAAAAACGAGACAGCGAAACUACAUUAUAUGUUAUACAACAGACUUUAG